CGAGGCUGUAGCCUCGAUUCCAGGCCGAUUAAAAUGAUGAGUUGUAUACACACAGUACAUACAGUAAACACAGUGUACUUUCUCUUUGGACUCGACUGGACUCUACAGGAGGUUUGAGGCAACUGAAAUGGCUACCAAUAAAGUUCAGGUGUACAUCUAUGAUCUGAGUCGAGGACUUGCUGCACAGCUCUCCCCACUAUUUUUAGGGAAGCAAAUUAAUGGAAUCUGGCACACGGGAGUGGUGGUUUAUGGAAUGGAAUAUUUCUAUGGAGGAUUAGGAAUUGAAUUUUGCCCUCCUGGAGGUACAAUCAUGGGCCCUCCUAACAAGGUAGAGGACUUAGGGGAAACUGGUAUCCCCCAAGAAAUUUUCAUGGAAUAUCUCUUUGAACUCCAAGAUCAAUUCCAGCCUGAGAAGUAUAAUUUACUCGAGCACAAUUGCAAUACAUUCUCAAACGAAAUAGCCCAGUUCCUCACAGGCAAGACAAUACCUGACUACAUCACCAACCUACCUGCUGAAGUGAUGAGCACACCAUUUGGUGCACAACUGAAGCCAUUCCUCGAGACGAUGUUCUCUGGGCCCAAUGGAGGACAAUCAGUGACUGAGUUGCAAGGAACUCAACACAACUCCUCAUAGUUAAAAUUAUCUGUUUUGCAUAUAAUUAUAAUAUUCUGUAUGUACUUUAUGAUUAUCAUGACAACUUCAUAUAAUUUAUAUACAUGGUUGAAUUUUUAAAUAA